ACUUGCAGAGUGUCCCACAUAAUAAGAGUGAUAAGAAGUAUGGUUAUCAUAGAGCCAGAUAUGGAAAGGCACCAACUUACAGUUCUGAGUUUGAUUUGUUUGUUUGUUUGUGCCAGUAUUGGUGCUGUGUCCAUUAAACUGAUUUUCUCUUUUUUUUCAACUGCUCUGAAAUGAGCUACGUCAACCGUGAGACAGUACAAUGAAGGGCAGGCACAGUGACCAAAGGCUUUAGCAAGCAAGUAAAGCCACAGUUUUCCUCAAGCCAACAUCAGAGGAUGCUGUGAAACUGCUGAAGCUCUGCAAGUAAGAAGGAAAAGAGACCUCUGGGCUCGACUCUUUUCUGUUACCAGCUGUGGAGGACAGGAUCCUUUCAAGAUCCCAGGAUGAACUAGGAGACCUGAACCACAAGCAGCAGGAGUGAAGGAAGUGUCCUUUGCAGUAGAGAUGUGAGGCUGAGGGAGGACACUACAUGGGCUGUGUGAGACCGAUGCUAUUCAGAGUAGCCAUCAUUUCUACUAACGCAAGCCAGUGUGAUUCUAGAGAAGGCUGAAAUGACUCCAGUGACCUCAGGAGGGGAAGAGAGUCAUAACUACAUAUUUAUAAAUUCAGGACCGAUUCUCCUGGACAUAUGAAGGAGGGAAAGAGAAACUACAGAACAGAAAACUGCUUCACUGAAGUUGCUUUAGUCUACCUGCAAGAAGAUGAUCACCACAUGCACUCUAAUUAGAAGAGUUUUCUGAGCAAAUGAAGAUAAUCGUUUUAUCUACAUUUCUGUUUAAAAUCCUGUGUCAUGGCCUCUCUUAAACUAUUGUAGGAAUGAAAAUCCAAGAGAAAGAUAAGUAUAAUCAUUUUGACUCUAUUUACUUUAACUAGCACAAAUACCUUUUGUGUGCUCUUUCCUAAACAUACUGUUAAUAGAUUAAUCUGAUUCAGUCUCUUAUCUAUUGUUAAAUCAGUUUCAGUUUGUCAACCUUUCAACUAAAUCAGCCAAGUCAGAGUCUAAUGUUUGAGACGACCUAAAUCUUCUCCAGCUGUCCUUUUCCAUGGUGUGAAAAUCAUUGCUGAGAUUCUGAAGGUAGUGGACAAGAUUUUGUCUGAGUGACAAAAUGCUUACUAGGACUCUUCAAGAUCACAUACCUUACAAAGUUGAUGAACAAUGUUCACCAGCCCAAGUACCAGUAAAUUAUCUGAGGAACUACAUGUCUGGCAGCCUGACCUCAGUGCCAGGUAUUCUGACACCUUCUAAAACCAGACACAAGGAAACAGAAUGGUAAAUUCAUAUUGCAGAGGACUUUGAAAAUCAGCAGUUUUGUUUAAACUGCAAACUAUAGUAAAAAAUAAUUGCUAAGCUCUCCACAGACCAGAAAUGUGAAAAAUGUUGGCUUGCUGAUUUCAACAAACUAAGGAAGUGAAGGCUUCCAGUUUCAAAAACUUCUGUAUUUGCCAUAGAACCCAAGGCACAUUUGCUUCCUUUUUGACCACAUAUUGGGAUACUCAAGGGGUAAGAUGAGGGGGCAUCUGUGAUUCUCUUAUUUCUAGUGGUAUGAGGAAUAAAAAAAUCCUGGAGUCUCCUUCUCAAGAGUGCUGCCAAUAUCUAGAAGACUCUUGUUAUUCCUAGAAAGACUAAGAAAAUUCCUGGAAAAAAAAAAAAUAAAAUAUGCUUAAUAGGGCUGUCAGGAGGCCAAGAUACCAGAAGCAGUCCCCGCAGUCUGUCUGCUGAACUUCUGAGGAACAGAAUGAGUAAAACAGCAAAAAUUCUUACAGCACUCUGAAGAAAAAGUGCCUCUUGGCUUUGACUGAAAAUAUACAACUGUAAUUGUAGACGAGGAAAAGCAAGCAAAAAGAUGGACUAGAUAAUGAUGACUGAACACCCCUAUGGAAUGCUGCCAGGAGUGACUGUCACCAGUUAAACGGAGCUAUUGCAAAUCACUGAGAAUUUCUCCCUCUUGGUGACACAGAUUUACAUCAGAUCUACACUGGCUUAAAACAAAACCAAUCCUCUACUCCAGUUUCAUAGCUGCAGUGUACCUCAGUCUUCUUGUUCCUAAGCUCUGAAAUGUUUUCUGAGUGAUCUGAGAGUUGUUCACAGAACCCACAGAUACCAAAAACUGAAAAUAGAUCUGAACCAUAAUGUGCCUGAACUGAAGGACUGGCUCAAAUUCUCACUCAUGAACAGCAUCAACAUAAGAAACAAGCAAUAUCUGUUGAAAAAAUAGUAAAUAAAAAGCCUGCAUAAUGUCAAGAACUUUUCAACUUUUUCUCUUUUUAAAGCCACCUUCCUUACCUACUGGUCUGAAAGAACUGAAAAACCAAGAUAUAUAUCAUCAUUUCUGUGGCAGCAGUUUAGUGUUCUUCCUCAAGGAACAAUUGUGCAUAUGUGUUGAAGAAUGAAACAAGUGGGGUUUUUUCUGUUGUUGUUCUUGGGAAACCAAAUGUUUCCACUUAAGGAGCAGUGUAUUGCAAGACUCACCUGCAUUUAUUUUGCUGAAGCUACUUAACAUUUAAAGGCCUAAAAAUAUCAGUUAAGUUCUGCUAACAUGUGAUAGUUUGGCAUGAAGGUUUAAGUAAUCAUCCUCUUGGCAGGCAUUUUCUAUAAAAGAAAACCUGUCCAGAAAGCAGAUUGAGUUACCUUAUAUACACACUCUUCACAACUAGACACAGCAGCAGAUCAUUGCCUUUUGGAAGAAUAACAUCAGCUUAGAGAAGAAAACUGGAAACUGGAAAUGCUGGACAGAGUUAAAGACAAGAAGUUACAUCUGGGAAGAUCCAGAACAAGGACAAAAAUACCACAGAGACAAAGAGAAAAGGAGAACUGAAUCCCUUCGACCAAAAGCACAGAUGGGUCUCAGCUGAACGAAGCCCCGCUCUUCUUCCUCAUCAUUGCCCUAAGCGUGCGGAAGUCGGGCUGGAGCUGCUUGCGGCCGGUACAGCCCCGAUAAGAAGCAGCGUGUUAUCUUCUCUCUGCGGUCUGAUCUGGAGUCCUUUCCCUGUUGACAACUGGUCUAUCAGUCAUGAAACGAAUUCUUCUGUUUUUCAUCCUGGCUGCUGCUGUUAUGUAUGGUAUACUGCAUGGAAAUCUGUGGAGAAAUAACUUCUACUGGAUUAGCUUUUAUGGACAGACUUCUUCUGUGAGGGGUCCUUCUUCCAGUGAGGCUAGUGGAGUUACCCAGCUGCCACCUACAGCUGUGGAGAGAAGGAAUGCACUAGAAACUUGCCUUCUGAAACCAGCGUUUGAAUCUUUACUGGAUGUUGACAAAAUAUACCCGUUCCUGUGUGCCAGUGAUUUUAUCAGAGUGGCAGAGUUCCAUGGAAGUGAUAAGUUCGAGCUACCUUAUGGAAUAAAGAGAGCAGAACAAUUUUUUCGUUUAGCCCUUUCAAAGCUGCAACAUUGUGGACUGUUCAACAAAGGCGACAGUGUUGCCUGUCGACGGUGUGUUGUGGUCGGUAAUGGAGGAGUACUUCGAAAUAAGACGUUAGGGGGGAAAAUUGACUCAUAUGAUGUGAUAAUAAGAAUGAAUAACGGCCCUGUUAUAGGGUAUGAAGAGGAUGUUGGGAGAAGGACGACUUUUCGCCUUUCCUACCCAGAAUCCAUCUUCUCGGAUCCAAUCCACUACGACCCUAACACUACUGUUGUUAUUAUUGUCUUCAAACCACGUGAUUUAAAGUGGCUUUGGGAGAUACUGGGCGGUCAGAAAAUUAGUGCUAAAGGCUUUUGGAAGAAACCAGCUCUGAACAUGAUAUAUAAAUCUAAUCAAAUCAGGAUUCUUGAUCCCAGCAUCACCAGAAAAACAGCUUAUGAUUGGCUUCAUUUCCCAACAAGAUUUCCCAAAAAAGAGAAACCCAAGCAUCCAACAACAGGGCUAAUUGCCAUUACACUAGCAUUUCACAUUUGUCACGAAGUCCACCUGGCAGGCUUCAAAUAUGACUUCACUGACAGGAACAGUUCUUUGCACUACUAUGGCAACGAAACAAUGUCUCAGAUGAUGCAGAAUGAAUACCAUGACAUCAGUGCUGAGCAGAAAUUCUUGAAGAAGCUUAUAGACAAGAACUUUGUGGUCAAUUUGACGUGAAAGCUGGAUGGAAAAUAUGAAGAACAAUCACUAUUUUCAAGAUCUCAAAUUUUUUUUAUUUUUUGUAUGACAUUUUUAUUUUUUAAGUGCAACGUAACUGUUUACUGUUGAAAAACAGCGUGGAAACCUCAUAAGGCAGAAGCUUCUAAGCCGGAGGAUGAUGGACUAUUCCAAGCAGAGCUAACUGAAUUUCUGUGAAGCUAUUUAAUGGGAAAAACACAAAACUUUCAGCUGAAAGUAUCAGGGAUGUAUAAAAAUGUGAUUCACGUUACUUAUUUAUCAGCAAGAACUUUUUUUUUUCCAAAUGGUUACUUCUCUGGAGUACAUUCUUUUCUAACAUCCUCCAAAAGGAUUACACUGUUAAGAGACUGAGACAACUAUUUAAGUAGUGGAUGGAUGUCAGUGCUUGAAUCUUUCUUGUAAUACAAAAGUGGCUUUAAAAGCAAUGCCUUUAAGUCAUUACUGUGUGUUUGGGAGAAGGGGAAACAUGCGGAACAUACAGACUUCAGUCUGCCCUCCUCCUGAGCAGAGGACAUCCAUCUUCUGUGAAGAAGCCACAACCUGCACUGGUCAUCGACUCUGAACUGCUGUCUGUGCGUGCCAAAGGUGAAGACCCUUUGGUCUGUUUACUGGAGAUGCUGGCAUUGACAAUGCUCGUGUUGUACUGGUUUAUGGAAAAAAAACAACAAACAAACAUAUGACCUGUGCUGUGCUUCCAAUAAAUUUUACAAUUUUUGACUUCUCUUAGAACAGAGGAAUUUUGAAGACUGAA